AUGAGUGUUGCUGAUGACCAGAAUGGUAACUUACGGAACUCUUUUAAUCGUUGGAAUGAAGCAAGGAGUCAGAACCAAUCAAGAGGUUUAGGUCAAAGUGCUAAAGAACUGUUCUCAGGAUGGGCAGACUCCAUUAAUGAAAGAACCCAGGGAAUAUAUCAGAGGCUGCCUUUAACUCAACAGGAUUUGGUUCAAACCCAGGAGCCUGAGUGGUUUUCUCUCACCCGUAUGGAGCGGCUGGCGCUUUUCGGGUGCUUUAUAUUGGGGUCAAUUGGGUGUUUUGCGAUAUGCUUUAUGCUAUUCCCGGUACUGGCAUUGAAGCCACGGAAGUUUGGUAUGCUUUGGUCUAUGGGAUCUAUGUUGUUUAUUCUUGCAUUUGGGGUGCUUCAAGGGCCUGUGGCGUACAUGAAGCACCUGACUUCGAAGGAUCGGCUUCCGUUUACGUUGUUUUUCUUUUUAACCUGUUUCCUGACGAUCUACUUUGCAGCAUUUACUAGGAGUACUUUGUUGACGAUUCCGUGUGCGUUGCUAGAACUUGUUGCUGUUGUUUAUUACGCGAUUAGUUAUUUCCCGUUUGGUGGCCAGGGACUAAGAAUGAUGAGCACAUUUGGGCUGAGCAGCGCACGUGGCGCGCUUAGGAUAUAA